CUCUGGUUUUCACUGCUAAAAGGAACAAGGAGGAUUUGAAGAUCAAAUCCAGCCACUUGUCAUCGGUUACAAGCUACCACGCGCUGAGUUAUACCCAUGUCUCCAUAAGGACUCAGGAUCUUAACGAUGAAGCUUCAGUGACAAGAAGACCAGCCAAGCAUCAAGUACCUUCUUUUCAAGAUUGUUGUGAUGGUUUCAGAUUCAGAAGCGCAGAAGGUGGUUAACAAGACUAACCUGGGCCUAACCUACGAAGAGGAAGUGGCCAUUGCAAUGGUGAAGGAAAUAGAGAAAGACCUUUCACACUUGUCCGAGACAAAAAACUGUUUUGUUCCAGUGACAAUCAAUGGGGAUACUAGCAACUUGAAUUAUAUUGUCAAGAGGUCCAAAGAUCUAGCAAACUUCUCACGUUCCCUUGAUGAAGAUAUAGUGGGAGUGGAUAAAAACAGAGAAAGACUUGAACAGUGGUUGGCAGGUGAUGAUUUGAAAUGCUCGGUGAUUGCGCUGCUUGGAAUGGGAGGACUCGGUAAAACAGCUUUAGCUAGAAAUGUCUACAAGAAGGAGAGAGAGAGAUUCCAGUGCCAUGCUUGGGUCUCCAUCUCUCAAACGUAUUCUAGAGAGGAUGUCUUAAGGAAUAGAAGUAAGGAACUUUCCAAAGAUAAUAAAGCCAACAUUCUAUCAAACACUACAGGUAUGGACAUCACAUGCCUUGAGGAGACAUUGAACAAGUUUCUAGAACAACACAAGUAUUUAAUCAUAUUGGAUGAUAUUUGGACUCCAGAAGCAUUUGAUGAAAUGUCUAGGGUGCUUAUUCAUAAUGAUAAGGGCAGUAUACUAAUAAUCACAACAAGAGAAUGUGAUGUUGCUGCACUGGCCUCUCGAGGACACAUCUUAACAUUGGAAGCUUUACCAGAAGACAAGGGAUGGGAUCUCGUUUGUAAGAAAGCCUUUCCAAGAGAUACCAACCAUGAAUGUCCCGUGGAGUUGAAGUCUUGGUUUGAGCAAAUAGUUAGAAAAUGCAAAGGCUUGCCUCUUGUUAUUGUGUUAGUUGGUAGCCUCUUGCGUGUGCGUGAGAAAACUGUGGAAGAAUGGAGAAUAAUAAAUGGUCAGUUGAAUUGGGAGCUAAAUAAUAAUUCGAGGCUCGAUCAGAUAAGGAAUGUUUUACAUCUGAGCUUCAUCUACCUUCCAACACACUUGAAAAGUUGUUUCUUGUACUGCAGCUUAUUUUCAGAAGACCAUCUUCCCAAAAGGAAGGAACUUGUAAGGUUAUGGAUAGCUGAGGGGUUCAUUGAGGGAAGGGGUGAAAGCACAUUAGAAGAAGUGGCAGAAGGCUAUUUGAAGGAGUUGAUUGAUAGGAACAUUUUACAACUUGUUGAGAGGAACUCAUUUGGUAGGAUGAAAGAAUUCAGAAUGCACGAUAUCUUACGUAAAUUGGCAGUUGACUUGUGCAAGAAGAACCAUUUUGGUGUUACAUAUGAGGAUAAUUGUGGGGGUUCUCUUGAGAUGGAUGAUGGACAUCGAUUGGUAAUGCACAAACUAAAUAAGGGUGUUCAACAGUCAUUUUCUAGUAUACACCAACUUCGAACUUUCAUUGCACUGGACAGUAGCAUGCUAUCACCCACUCUACUACCUCUUCUAUGUAAGGAGUCAAGAUACAUGACAGUACUGGAAUUAAGUGGUCUACCCAUCGAGAAGAUUCCAGAUGCUACUGGAGAUCUUUUUAAUCUCCGCCAUUUGGGUUUGCGUAAUACAAAAGUGAAGAUGCUCCCGAAGUCUGUUGAGAAGCUUUCAAAUUUGUUGAUAUUGGACCUUUCUCGAUCUGAUAUACAUGAGUUGCCUAGUGGGAUUGUGAAACUGAAGAAGCUUAGGCACUUAUUAGCUGAGAAAACAAUUGACCCAUAUUGGAGAGGGUUGCAAUGUUGUCGUGGUGUGCGUGUUCCUAAUGGUCUUGGAAAUCUAAUAAAUUUGCAGACGCUACAAGCAUUGGAAUUACAGGAUGAGUCUCUUAGACAUUUAGGGGCGCUGAGGCAACUAAGAAGCUUGAGGUUAUGGAAUGUGAAGGGAAUCUGCAGUGGACGCAUCAGUGAGUCUUUGUUUCAGAUGCAAUCUUUGUCCGACUUAUCUGUGAGUGCAAGCGAUGAAAACGAGGUUCUAUUGUUGAAUGUCCUCCUGCCAAACCUGCAAAAGCUAUGUUUGAGGGGCCGUCUAGCGGAAGGGGCGUUGGAGGAGUCUCCUCUCUUCCAAGCUUCUGGGGGACAGGACUUGCAUGAAUUAGUUCUGUCUUGGUCACAGUUGAUAGAAGAACCCCUGCCAUCUCUUUCUUGUUUGUCAAACUUAACAUUUCUAGAUUUCACCAAAGCAUAUAAUGGAGAGCAGCUGGCAUUUUUCACGGGGUGGUUUCCAAAGCUAAAGAUUCUCUAUCUAAUAGAUCUGCCUAAUCUGAAUCAGCUACAAAUACAACAAGGUGCCAUGGCAAGCCUGGAAAAAUUAUACUUGAUCAACCUCAGCAGCUUGAUGGAGGUCUCACCUGGCAUUGAGUUCCUCGUGCCCCUACAGCGUCUAGUCUUCUACGAAAUCAGCAAUGAAUUCUUGAUGCUGUUGCGCCAAUUUUCGGCAAUUGAAGGGACACAAUGGCAGCAUACUCUCCGAUGUUGACUUGCCAUAGUGGUCGGCAAUGUAUACAUACGUCACCUGCUGGAAGGAAGAAACAAGCUUCACUACAUGUACAACCAGUGUUUCCUCUGUUGCUGAUCUACUAUACCAUCCGGGUUUCCUCUGAUGUUUCAAGAAGCACUACGGGACCCUUUGCUGCUACUUCCACCUCCACCUACAAAAGCAUCCUGCUACUAUUGGUGUUGGUGUGCUUUUGCUUGUCAUGAUAUUUGCCUAUUGAUUGUUUCAAACUGUGGCUUUUAGAACGCUUAUUGUAAGACUGAGACUGGGUCGUGUUUUCAUAUUCAGGAUGUUUGUAUUUUGCAUUACCUGUUUGCAUUUGUGUGUGCUAGUUGUGAACUAUUCCCUCUGUUCACAAAUUGGAUGUAUAUAUUAUAGACACGAUUUAGCGUGUUUGUUCACUCAUUUCA